AGCAGCAGGCAGAAACAUGGCUGCGCUCAGUGCUGCAUUGCGCCUGUUUCGUUCUUGUCACCGAAUGAGAAAUGUGGAUUUUGAUGCUAGAACCGUUUUACGUGGUGUUAAGCGGCUGUCUUGUAGUUUAUCAUCAGUGGAUAACACUGAUGGGGUGAAGAAAGCUCAGUUCACGGAUUCCGAAGUUCAGGACAUUUUAACGAGAAUCACAGGUUUAGAUUUGAAUAAAGUAUUUCGUCCGGUUAAACAGGAGCUGAAACCACCAAAGUAUAAACUUCUGACUGAUGCUCAGUUAGAGGAGGCAGUGCAGAAGGCAGAGGAGCAAGCCAAAAGGUUGCUAAAGAUGCCCCCAGUUUUACCAGAAAGGCAGCCCAUCGAGGAUGUCCUGUGUGAGGAUAAGAUCCUGGAGGGCAUGGACACAGCCAAAUACGUCUUUACUGACAUCACCUACAACAUCCCACACAGAGAGCGGUUCAUUGUGGUGAGAGAGCCGAACGGAGUGCUGCGCAAAGCAUCGUGGGAAGAAAGAGACAGACUCAUACAGGUUUACUUUCCCAAGGACGGCCGCAAGCUAACAUUGCCACCUAUUUUUAAAGAAGAAAACCUCAAGAUCAUGUUUGGGCAAAACAGACACGAGGAGGUGCUAAAUUACUGCCUGGUCCAGUGUGAACCGGACUCUGCAGAUUGCAAGCGGGUACACACUCUGACCUACGAGGACAUCGAGAAACAUGGGAAAUACGAGCUACUCAGAUCCACAUGUUUAUUUGGAGGUCUCGUCUGGCACCUUGUCAGCAGCCGCAGGAUAGACGGAUUGUUAUUGGACAUGCUGCAGAGAACCCGGCUACAAGAUGCAGUAGAUUUGGUGCAUCUCUUCAAUCUGGUGCAUCCCCAGAGCGAUGUGGCAUUACAGAGCCAACAAGCUACAGGCAUCGACCUGCUCCAGGUCUAUGCUGAUUGUGAGUCUCAGAAGCCUGCAAUAAUGUUGGCUUUGCAGUCAUACAAACAGGCCUUGGAAGUGACCUCUGCUUAAAUGGAAAUCGUACCAAAGUGCGUCAUCAUGUGGGACAUCACUAUGUAUUGUACAAUAAGUCAUUUUGUAAUACUUCAACAGCACAGAAUAUUGCAGAUUGGUUACUGUUCUUGUGUAAAACUGUUAAUAAACUUUCAGCUAUGUGAA